GUUGCGUCAGUGCCAACCAAUCAGGUUCGAACUUGUAUGAGAUGGGGGCGGGGCUCUUCAGUUUGGAGGAGCGUAGUUGAAUCUCAACGGACACAAGGCGAAAGCUGGAGAGGUAUGUCUCCAGAGGACGACCUCCACAGUCCCCUCCUUGGCUUCAGCUCCAUCGGGGAGGAUGUCCCUCUGAGCUGUGGGGAUCUAGUCAGCUCUCGUGAGCUGGGGAGAAGGAGCAGGGCAUGCAGCAGCCUCCACACAAGAACCCCAGAGCCCGACAUCAAUUAUCGUGGAGACUUUGCCCGUGGAAAAAGCCCUUUCCUGAAAACACUGAUGGAUGCAGAGGCAGCUGCCAACUCCGCCGCUAUACAACUCGUGUCCUUUAAAGACGCCAUGGAGGAUGAAUUUGCCGAUUCCAGACGGUGUGCCAUUGAUAAGCGCAGAAUUACAAGGCAAAGAGGACUUCUGCUGGAGAAGUUGGAGGAUUUUAGACGGAUAAAUAAGUCGGUUCGACAGAAACUGAAACAGCUCCAAGAUACAGAGGACAAUCGAAUUGAAUCCGACCUCCAAACGGACAUCUUAUUGAAGAAGAUCUCACAGGCUGAGAGCGUAAACGUGCAAUUAAAAAAAGACGUGCGUGAGUCAGAAAGGAAAGUCGAGGAGCUGCUGGAUCUGCGGAGAGAAGAGCAGGUAAACACA